UAAAAUGGAUUUUUAUUCAGUUCUUUCAACUGGCGCCGAAAUUGAAUUCGUAACCGAGGAGUUCGCUAUGGCUUUCCUAAAAGCUGUGACCUCUGAUCCAGAAAAUUGGGUCACAAGAGUGUCGCACCGUUUCGUGGGCCAAUGCUUCCGGGUGCUGGGCCUCAGAUUCAACGUGGCCGAAGAGGACUCCUUUUGGACGCAGGAUCAUUCGUACCGCACCGACAACCCCAACUAUAUUUUCAAUCCUGAUCUAAAACUGAUGGACGAUGUGCAGGCUUUCUUUAAAGAGUUACCCUUAUUAUUGUCGCACUACGCAUCCGCUUUGAAAUUGGAUGUGGAAAAUUGUCGGUUCGAUCGGCUCACCCAUCCGGUGUCCGCAUACCUGCGGGUGGUGAUCGUCUGGAUGAAGGUGGUGCACUCCAUUUCCGGUAGCAUGCAGCUAACCAGCGUCACUUCCGCGGAUCGUUUUCUCUGCGAGCCAUUGGCCAGGAUGUCGUUUUAUAUUUUGAACGGAUUGGUAAUUCUGCUGCCCAAAUACGCUCAUUUUGACGGUCUCAAGGAGAUUUGUCUGAGCCUCGCCGUGGAUGUUCGCUAUGGAAUCUUCUAUCAGGCAACCUGCGAAGUGGUUCUGAGACCCAUGCUGGACAUGUUUGAGGUGUACUACAAGACCUUCUGCGGCGUGGAGAAGUCAGCCCUCGAUUUUGUCUUUUGCAUCCUCACCGUUCAGAUGGACGAGGCCAAUAGUUACAUCGAGGCCUACGAAUUUCUUGAGAUUAUGAUCGAGCAGUUCGCCAAGAGCAUGGAGCGGGAUCAAGACAACCAUUUGUAUCUGCGUCUGUUCACCAAUGAGCUGAUCACCGAUAAAUAUAUGGCAGUGAUCUUUGAGACACUCAAAACGAGCAAUUCCAAGCGCCUGCUCAUGACAGCACUUAAGUAUCUGAUGACUCUUCAAAAACACUUGGUUACAGCGGAAUGUUUUACGAUCCGUUUUCACGAGAUCUUGCUACAGCUUAUAUUGCGAGCUCCACUCUCUUUUUCGCUGGUCUCUUCAAUGGCAGCCAAGGUCUACGUCAAGCUAUCGCAACGAAAGUACCAGGAAGGGGAUAUAUCCCUGCACAUACUGGAAACGUACAUUAAGUCGCAGGGGAAUCCCCGAAAGAAUCCGAGCUAUGCCCAGUUUAGAAAUGAGUUGGGCAGAUAUCUGAAAAUUAUUGCCACGCACUUUCCAGCGCUACAUCGUUUUGAGACCUACUCAAUUGUGCUCAGUGCUCGAGAUGUGCGAAUUGAAUUAAGUCUUAUAGCCGCCCAGUCCGUAAGCAUUCUUUUUGAGCGCCUCAUGGCAGAGUACUUAAAAAUUCCGGAGGCUUGUGAGCAGAUCAACAUUUUUCUACACUGGUGGCCAGAUCUUGUGCGGUCUGCAUCUCACCAGACUGGCACUCGAGCUAUACUUUACAGUAUCUAUGGUAUGGUGGACUUUGUGGCAGUAGCUCAAAUAGAGAAAGAGCUGCUCUUGAUUUUGGAGCAGUUCUGUCUAGAUAACUUCCUCACAGACAACACCCUUAGCGAAUCGGAGUUUCAAGGGCUCUACAGCAAUAUCUAUCUUUCGGUGAAUGCCACGGGAAAUGAUCUGAUUUAUACCUCAGCAGAGAAUUAUAUACGAGAGGAACAGGCUCAAUUGAUGGCUUUAUUGAAUGAGAACGAUACCGAAGAUUCCCAAAUGGUCGAGCUACUGGAGACUUAUGCCAAUAGUCUAAGACGUCUGCACUCCUUGCUUAUUGUCAAAAAGUUUGAUGUCCGUCAUGUGGUGGACAUCUAUCCGACUCUGGUCAAGCUUCUGCUGGAGCAACGAGUUCAAAACAAAAGCCUAAUUUGUUAUGGCAGCGAAAGCUUGGCUACCAUGCUGGUCAUGUUAUAUGUAGCGCGAGAUAAAUCAGAUAAUGACUUUUGCGUCAGGAUAUUACUUUUAGUGCACCAGCUCCUUGACUUCUGCAAGUCAGAACUUUCCAACUCUAAUCUAGACUUUGUGCGAGCCAAGUUUCUAUUCUGUUCUAUUCUCAUACUGCACAUUGGUAAUCUUCCGGACUUGAGUCUGGAUGAUGCCACAUAUGGAACGCUUUUGGACUGGUUGCUGCAGCCUCCGAGAGAUUCGGAUCCCGAGUUACUCGUCGAAGGUUAUGUGUCUGAGAUGCAUUUCGUCUUCCGACGGCUUUUGCAAUCGAAACAUUUGGUUUUGCCAAAUAAUCGUAUCUGGAAGGUGUUGGUCCAAUAUAAAAUGACUUCAACCGCCUUGAAAUAUCUGGACUUCGAAUUGGAGCAACUCUUGGGUGUCCUAUUAGAGCACCGCGUUCAAGGGUAUAUCCACUGCCUGCCAGUCAUUCUGUUGCACGUAACCGGCGAUAAGAACAACUCUAAAACUCGGGUGUCGUCUCUUUUAACUGCUCACCUGAGCAUAAUUGAAAGGCAUGUCACAGUUUUUGACUCCUGGCUUUUGAGAUUGAUCGUGUUUCAAGAAUUGCUGCUUCUGUUGGUCAAAAACAUGGGUGUUCGGCGAUUGGAAGUGACCAGUUCACGUCAACGGAAUCGGCUUCUGCCGCUACGAAGUGUUCUGCCACUGCUGACAGCCUUACGACUGCAGGAAAAUCACUUCAUGAUCAUUGCUAAAUCGAUUCACAGUUUGAAGGAAGAAGCUAUGGGACCCGAGGAGACUAUGGAAAUUGAGAAUUUUAUAACCGAAAUCAGUAAAUUUAAAUACCAGUGCGAGGAUGAACAUUUGUCUGUGCAAAAUAUCGAGAAUUUUGAUGGUAAACUCACUUCUCUUCCACCUGGACCACUAAGUUAUUGGCAAUACGAAGCUAUAAAAGAUCUUCAAGACGGAUAA